UUCUCUCCUAACGCCGCACGCCCUCUCCCCUUUCCCUUCACUUGGUCAUCUCUUUCCCCUUUCAAACAAAGAUCCACACCUCUCUCAACAAUGGCAGAUUCGAACAGUGCAAUACCUUCAGCCAUGAAAGCCUUUGUCUACCCAUUUCCAUAGGCGAAUUGUCCCUAUGUUUGCUUUUACUGAGCUUUCUGACGUUGACAGGAAAAACUCCACCCAUCUUGCUUCAAAACACACGAAAAUCUUCACAGACCAGGGAAGGUCGAACCAUUUCGAGUAAGGUCUCAACGUUCUGAUUAGAUUUUGAUUUUCGAUUUCAAGUUCCCGCUCAUGAAAACGAAAACCCUAGUCAAUUCGCCGAAGGGGACAGCACGGGUGAUAACAAUCCUUACUCUCUAUUUUCUAGAAGUGAAUACAAAACUUUAGUUCACAAAAAUCCUCAAUACUUUCAUUCGAACUCAUUUGGCUCAAGGUUCGGGUCCAUUCAUAACGAGAGAGUAGAUUCGACGCCCGGUUCACUGUACCCAAAACAGGAAUCAAGAUUGUGUUAACUUUGAUGUCGGAGUGAUAAAGAAAUUGAUCAAAGAACAAAAUUUGGUUUAGUAAUAUUAAUUCCCUGCGCCUACGCGUAGGGGAAUCUCCAAAGUUUGGUGUGGUUCCAAUAUUACCCCUGUGAGGUUCUCGAACACUGAAUUCAAACUCCGACUUAGGCAUACACAUGGAGGUCAGAGUUGAUGACAUUGGAACUGUAGUUGGGGUGGAGGACCAAGAUGAUCUUCCAAAAAAUUCAUUUAAAGUCUCUCUGGAGAUGGAGAAGUUUCUAUGUGACAGAUUGCUGGACCAAGACCAGCCGAUUUCAGAGCGUUUCAGAGCUCUUUUCUCUCUAAGGAACCUUCGGGGAUCAGGUCCACGAAAUGCCCUUAUCAAUGCAACAAGGGACCCCUCAAAUCUCUUGGCACAUGAGGCUGCAUUUGCAUUGGGUCAAAUGCAAGACGCUGAUGCCAUUCCUGCUCUAGAAAGAGUUCUAUUUGAUUUCUCCUUGCAUCCAAUUGUUCGGCAUGAGGCUGCAGAAGCACUGGGUGCAAUUGGUUUAGAAAAUAAUAUUUCACUUUUAGAAAGAAGUUUGGCUUCAGAUCCAGCUCAAGAGGUCCGAGAGACAUGUGAACUGGCUCUCAGUCGAAUCAAAGAGCUGAAGAAUGUAGGAAGUGAUGAUGGCUCCUCAACUACAGCGCCGUCACCCUUUCUGUCAGUGGACCCUGCUGCUCCUGCUUCUUAUACCUCUGUUGAGGACUUGAGGAAAGUUCUUUUGAGUGAAGAAAAGGGCAUGUAUGAACGCUAUGCUGCUCUUUUUGCACUAAGAAACAAUGGAGGAGAGGAAGCUAUUUCUGCUAUUAUUGAAUCUCUAGGUUCAAAGAGUGCUCUUCUAAAGCACGAGGUUGCUUACGUAUUGGGUCAAUUGCAGAACAAAAAGGCUUCAGAUGCCCUGUCCAGUACUCUUAAAGAUGUGAAUGAGCAUCCAAUGGUUAGACAUGAAGCAGCCGAAGCUCUUGGUUCUAUAGCAGAUGCCGAAUGUCUUGCACUUCUUGUGGAUUUUGCCAAGGAUCCCGAGCCUAUUGUCUCACAAAGUUGUGAAGUUGCUCUUAGCAUGCUUGAGUUUGAGAAAUCGGGCAAAUCUUUUGAGUUUCUCUUCAUGCAGAUACCGCAAGUCGAGCAGGUCUCGUAGGAAGAGUGUCUGGCUAUAUUUAAAUGAUUGUCAUGUCGGCUGGUUUCAGAAGACAUUUCAGUCCCUUUAAUAUUGAUUCAGUUGUAACUGGUUUCAUUACUUGGAAUAUUUGGUUGGAUUACAUAACUAAGUUUAAUUAUAAGGACAUUUUUGGACUACUAAAGGUCAUUUUGUGAUACUAAAUAAACAUUAUAUCACUAAACUUGAGCAACUUUGUGUACUCUUUUAUACGUGAACCAUGAAUCAAGUAAAAUGGAAGUAUAUCCAUUAAGCUGCUGAUUAGUUAUUUUCGCUGCUUCAAGUUA